UUUUCAUUUUAUACUCUUUCCUCACUAAAUCCUCCACAUUUCAGCUACCAAAAAGCCACUUCCAACCAAUCAGCCAAACCAAAACCAACCAAACCAAAACCAACCCAACCACACAAUCACGGACGGCCUCUGUCGAGUCAGGAAAUGGUGCUUCUGGUUGCGUGCGAGUGCCUCAACGUCAAGCUGCGGCUGGUCGACAGCUCGCUGAGCUACACAACGACAACGGACGGAACGACCGCGUCCACGCCGCUGCCGGCAGACCGAGUGGUUGGCGACAUGCUCCGCAAGCCCAUCGCCGCCGCCGUGGUGGCUGAGCGCCCGGAGCCCAUCUUUGCGCCUGCGACGGGCGAGGAUGCAGCAAGUGACCUGACCACGUCGCUCUCUGGCUCUGCGCCGUCGUCGCUGGCGUCCAGCACGGUCAUCACUGCUAGUACUGCUGCUACUGCUGCUACUGCUGCAGGAGCACCCGCGCUCGUGGUUGGAGGUGGCCAGCAGCCGCACCCAGCCGAGCAAGACCCGUUCCUUGCCUCGUGGUUUGGCACCAGCAGCGCGGCAACGUCUCACUCGACCACCACCGCCACGACCACCACUACGAAUGCUGCGACUGUGGACGCACCAGGGGCGAGCGCAGGUGGCCUCUGCGUCGGCACGCUCGGGCUCGGUGGCGCCGUCGUCGAGCUUGCCGGGCUCACCCGAUACCGCAAGGUUUUUGAGUGCUACCCGGCAACACCAAGUCACAGUAAUAACGCCACUGCUGCGAAUGCACAGAGCACGACCACAGCCACAGUUGUCGCUGGCGAUCUACACCGCGAGGCUGUUUGGACUGUCACAAGGUGCGUCAACUGCGAAAUGGAUGUGUUUGCCUCAUUCCGACCGCUGGGUGUCUCGUGCUCGCGGCCAAACGCUCCAACGCUAGCAGCACUUCUCCCCAAAACAGCAAUAUUGACCUCGUCCAAGCUCAUUGUUGGCCAAGAGGCCGUUGCGCGCCGACAGACACAGGAGAAUUACUCGCCCAUUUUCCGGGUGAUUCUAGACCCGCUCAGUCCCUCCGAGCUUGCUGAUGCAGCUGCGGUGUUGGAAAAAUCAAACGAUCUUUUGCAAGCUCUGCAAGAGCAAGUGACUUCACAGCUCAAGCGGGAAAAGGACGCGUCGGAAGCACGCAUCAAGGCGUACAUUGACAAGGAACACGCCGACUACACAAAACUGGAAAAGUCAGCCCACGAUGUCAAGUUCACCCUGUUCCACAAACUGGCAGGACUCCGUCAGCAGGCAAUUGCCACCGCCAUUUCCGAUGCCAUGGGCGAUGCAUUAAACGACGUUCUGGGCAACGAUUCGCCGGUAUUCUCGCCGUUGAGCGCCAGCAAGUCACCAAAGUCUGGCCUCGCGCAGGUUGCGAGCCAACUUCAACAUCUGGCCGCAAUGGAGGCAGUUCCGGCGGUGGUGGUCACAACCGAGCAAGGACCUCAACGGUUCUCUCCAGCCGGCUACAACGGUCACCGAGGCUCGCCUUCAUCCGUGCUGGGCGCUUCAGCGCGCGAGAACAGCGACAUCCCGACCCUGAGCACUGUUGGCGUGCGCAUCCCUCCUGCUUCAUUCACGGCAUCGCCGCGCUUCCCUGUCGUUCCGCCGUCGUCUGUUGCCGGCUCUUUCAUCCCUCCGUCCUCAGUGUCAAACGCCUCCCGGUUUUCCAGUGCGCUGAGCGAAGGUCUAAAAUCCGUUGCGUCCGAUUCUGAUGCACCUCCCACAACCUCGACAGACUCUCCCAAACUGCUCAAUCGGAUUGUCUGGAACAAGGGUGCUUCGUCCAACUCUGGCUCACAGCAUUCUAAUCUGUCCAAGAGCGUGCCUGCAUCGCGAGUCAACUUUGGUGGACGCCGCGACAGUGAUUCCUCGGAUGCCCUAUUUGACAUGGAUGGAUUUGAAAGCUCUUCAUCCACAGACAGACACCGUCGGAAUGACACCUUUGAUGAGGAGGACGAAGAGGACGCCUUGGAAGAGGGCGCCUCCACUGGAAGGCAACUUGCAGCUCCGGCUGCUGACGGAAUGGCAUUGUACGCCUCGUCCGUUCCGAUGGGUAUUCCGGCUCGUGCCGCGGCAAGCUUUGUCGCCGAUGACGACAGCAUGGCAUACCGCUCGCGAGGCUUGCAAGUUCCAGGAUCUCCUGAAACCGAUCGGAUGCAAGAUCUGGCAGCGUCCAUUCGCGAGUUGUCUCGGCUUUCCGUCAACGACUCGACAGCGACAUUUGGCGAUCUUCCUCGGCGCAAAAUGUCGACCAUUCUUUAGCGAAACAGUUUGCUUUGCGUGUUCGUUUAUGUGGCACCCAAUGACACUCAAUUUAUCUCAAACCAUCGUCACAUCAGAA